AUGGCGCCAUAUUUUGGCCUCCGGGGCCCUUCCCUGAACAGGGCCAUCAUGUGGCUGGUCGUUUGUCCGGCUUUCGUGACAUAUGGCUACAACCAAGGCGUGAUGGGCGGUCUGUUGACCUUGGAGUCCUUUGCUGAGACGUUUCCGCAAAUGAAUACCAUCACUGCGAGUGAGGAAGACAAGACUUAUAACUCCACCAUCCAAGGAACGGUUGUCGCGCUAUACACCGUCGGUGGAAUUUUCGGUUCGCUGUCAUGCAUUAAACUCGGCGACAUGCUCGGUCGGCGAAAGGUGAUCCUGUUCACUUCGUUUAUCUCGAUGAUUGGUGCGAUUCUGAUGGGGACGUCCUUCUCCCUUGCGCAAUUUAUCGUUGCAAGACUGGUCCUGGGAUAUGGCACAGGCGGAUAUGUCGCCACGGUGCCCGUCUGGCAAUCAGAGAUCUCGAAGCCUAACAAGCGCGGCGCGCAUGUAGUAACCGAUGGCAUUUUCAUCGGCGCGGGUAUCACUUUCGCUCUCUGGGUUGAUUUCGGCUUCUACUUUGUCAAGACCAAUUCGGUAUCCUGGAGAUUUCCGUUGGUCUUCCAAGUUCUCCUCUCCCUGAUGGUCAUGACAUUCGUCAUGCUUUUCCCCGAAUCGCCCCGGUGGCUGGUGAAGAGAGGUCGCAUCGAGAAGGCCAGGGAAAUCCUCGCCGCCCUCGAAGACGUCGAUAUUCAGUCUGAACAGAUCACUCUCGAUAUUCGCGAUAUUGAAACCUCGUUGGCACUUUCCGGCAACGGAUCCUGGAAGGAUAUGCUUAAGAUGGGUGACCAGCGGCUCUUCCAUCGCACUGUUCUCGCCUGUAUGGGUCAGAUGUUCCAGCAGAUGUGUGGAAUCAACUUGAUCACUUUCUACGCUACGACCAUCUUCCAGCAAUAUCUCAAGCUCGACCCUGUUCAAUCCCGUAUUCUCGCGGCCUCUAUGUGUCUCACCCAGCCGCUGGGCGGCCUGCUAGCUUAUUUCACCAUUGACAGACUCGGGCGCCGUGUGUUGAUGUUGUGGAGUGCUGCCGGUAUGGCCAUCUCAAUGGCAAUUCUCGCUGGGACCACUUCUCUACAAGACAACACUGGAAGCCUGGUCUGCGCCGUGGUAUUCCUGUUCGUAUUCGAGUUCAUCUUCACAGUCGGUUACUCGGGCUUGACCUUCCUGUACGCGACUGAGGUGGCGCCCCUGCAGUGUCGCGCUUCCAUCAGUGCCAUUUCCUCUGCCGCUGUGUGGACAUUCAACUUCCUGCUGGCUGAGGUCACCCCCGUCGGGUUCGCGACUAUCGAUUGGCAGUAUUACAUUAUCUUCGCGGUACUUAAUGCUGCCAUUGUGCCGACUGUUUACUUCUUCUUCCCGGAGACGAAUGGUCGCACCCUUGAAGAGAUAGAUGAGAUCUUCUUGCAGUCGCGAAAUAUCUUUGAUCCGCCUCGCAUUGCUCGGUCGCUUCCGCGAAUGCAUGUUGCCGAGGCACAUAGUGUUGAUAUCGACGGCAAGGGAGAUGCAAGCGAUGAUGUUAUGGCUGAGAAGCCCAAGGUUUAA